UGCAUGCGUUCCGUGGGGAAGGUUGAUCCGAAGGGCUGUUUUUUGGCUGGAGUGGUAGUGUUCCCGCUUGUCAGGAUGAGGAUGUUUAGGUCUUAUAAAGACCCGUAAGCACCAUGGUCUCGACAUUCUGUGUUCAGUCCACAACGACAGCGACAGUCCACAACGACAGCGACAGCGACAACGCUAUCUGCAGGGACGGGACGAUUUGUGUUGGUGUGUAGGACAUCAAGAUGUUUCGCGUGCUUGUUUCACUCGUUGUGACAACGCUCGCUCUUGGCACGAAAACUUCUGGCAAAAGGUGCGCAUGCGCAUCAGUCGACACUGAAAUAGAGGUGAAAUACGGAUCAAAGGAAGACAACUUUGGUUUACUGCAAUCGCCGAAUUGUCUCCCUUAUCAUGGCAAGCAGGAAGCCCUCAUUGACGGCAGGAUUUACGCCAACGUGUCCUACUACGGCGAGCGGGCUUGGGUUUUAACUUCGGACGUCUACAUCAAAGACUGUUACGAUACAUUCGAUUGUGUCUGUGUGAAAGAGGACGUAGAUGUGCAUGAAACACAUGACACGAAUGGUGUCCCCUUGACGACCUUGACCUCUGGCCAGUGCAGAAGAAUUCGGGGAGAUGUUUUCAAGUGCAGUAACGGAACUUUCGUUCCUGUUCAACACGGUGAUAAGAUUGGUUGGAUCAGGAAGGGGGAGAUAACUUUCCAUAAGGAAUGUCUUCCCGACACCCAGCUGCCCGGAUGUCCAGUCAUCAUCACCCGUUCGGAGUGGGGGGCACGCCCUGCUCGCCUGGGGGGUGGGGACUCUGGUUGAAGUUCCUCAGUACGCCAUCAUCCACCAUGGAGGUUCUGCCGGCUGCAGCACGAAGGAAGACUGUGUCAGAAUUAUGCAGAGCUAUCAGAAUUUCCAUCUGGAUGGG